AUGUAUCAUUGUCAACAAAAUCAUAUACGGAUUUCAAAAAUAUUGGAUUUCGAUCCUGUAGUAGAAAAUAUUGAUUCAAUACCUUCAACACCUUAUUUAUCGAUUGAAACAAGAAAACAACUAUCUGUUGAUGCAUCAAUGGCACAGAUACCUCUGUUGGAAUCUCAAGCGAGUACAACAACGUCUGUAACUACAACAACAACAACAUCAGAAACAACGACAACUUCAUCUACUAGCACUUCAUCUUCGACAAGUACAACGUCAUCAUCAAGUACUAGCUCAUCUUCAACAAGUACAACGUCAUCAUCAAGUACUAGCUCAUCUUCAACAAGUUCAACAUCAACAUCUAGUACUAGUUCAUCAUCAACAUCUAGUACAAGUUCAUCUUCAACUAGCUCGACAUCAGCAUCCAGUACUAGUUCAUCAUCAACAUCAAGUACUAGCGUAACGACAACGAGUAAAACAACCACUUCCGUGACAACGGCAACAACUACUAUAACUAAAACAACUACUACAACUGCAGCAACUGUUACAAUUACUUCCAAUACAUGUACUUCUGGAUGGAAAGGCGUUACUGUACUUUAUCAUUGUAAUAAUUGUCCAGAUAUACCACCAUAUACACAAUAUACAUAUACUUAUACAGCUAUUUCAAAUAGAACUCGUAUUGCAUUUUCUUUUCGUGAAGAUGAAGGUUGUUUUGCACUUGAUGCUGUGUCAGUACGAAGUAUAGCAGCACCGACUAUUGAAUUAAUUGCAAAUAAUGGUUUUGAAACUGGUACAUUGUCAUCAUGGACUUAUUGUAAUCCGAACAGUGCAAUAAGUGCUGGUGCAGUUAUGCAAAACUCAGAUAGUUUUCAAUGUAUGGGUUAUACGGACCAAGCUCAAUCAGGAAGUUAUUUUUAUUAUGAUGGAGCAGUAGGAAAUUGUGAUUAUUUAAUUCAAAUGUUUUCAACAAUUGUUGGUCAAACAUAUACUAUUUCAUAUUGGUUAUACAAUCAAGGCAGUGCUCACCCGAGUAGUGCUGAUGUGAUCAUUAGUAUCUAA